AUGCGGCCAGAGGGCCUCGAGGGUCCCCGCGCGCUCGGCCAGCGGCCUCUGCUGCGUCUGCUGCUCCUGCUCCCCCUGCUGCCCCUGCUGCCCUGGCCGGUAACCCACGCUCAGACCACGCCGGGCGCUCCCAACGCCCCGACAGCGCCGGGAGCCCCUAGUGCCCCGACAGCGCUGGACUCCCCUAGCGCCCCAACCACACCAGGCUCCCCCAGCGCCCGGACCACGCCAGGCACUCCCAGCGCCCCGAGUCUGUGGGAGCGCGCGUGUGCCCUGAUGCAGGACUUCCCGCUGGUGGAUGGCCACAACCACCUGCCCCUGCUCCUGAAACAGCUCUUCCAGAACAGGCUACAAGAUGUUAACCUGCGUAAUUUCAGUCGCAGCCAGACCAGCCUGGACAAGCUUAAGGAUGGCGUCGUGGGUGCUCAGUUCUGGACAGCCUACGUUCCAUGCCAGACCCAGGGCCAGGAUGCCCUGCGCCUCACUCUCGAACAGAUUGACCUCAUUCAUCGCAUGUGUGCCUCCUACUCUGAACUGGAGCUUGUGACCUCAACCAAAGGUCUGAGUAGCACUCAAAAGCUGGCUUGCCUCAUUGGCGUGGAGGGCGGUCAUUCACUGGACAGCAGCCUCUCUGUGCUGCGCAGUUUUUAUCUGCUGGGAGUGCGCUACCUGACGCUCACCCACACCUGCAGCACACCCUGGGCAGAGAGCUCCACCAAGUUUAAAUACCACGUCUACACCAACGUCAGCGGGUUGACAAGCUUUGGUGAGAAGGUGGUAGGGGAAAUGAACCGCUUGGGCAUGAUGGUGGACUUGUCCUAUGGGUCAGACACCUUGGUGCGACAAGCCCUGAAGGUGUCAAGGGCUCCUGUUAUCUUCUCCCACUCGGCUGCCAGAGCUGUGUGUGACACUUUGCUGAAUGUUCCUGAUGACAUCCUGCAACUUCUGAAAAAGAAUGGUGGCAUUGUGAUGGUGACACUGUCCAUGGGGGUGCUGCAGUGCAAUCUGUUUGCUAACGUGUCCACCGUGGCAGAUCAUUUUGACCACAUCAGGGCAGUCAUUGGAUCAGAGUUCAUCGGGAUUGGUGGAAAUUAUGAUGGGUCUGGCCGCUUCCCUCAGGGGCUGGAGGAUGUGUCCACAUACCCGGUACUGAUAGAGGAGUUGCUGAGGCGUGGAUGGAGUGAGGAAGAGCUCCAGGGUGUCCUUCGUGGAAAUCUGCUGCGGGUCUUCAGACAGGUGGAACAGGUGAAAGAGGAAAACAGUGGGCAGAGUCCUGUGGAAGAUGAGUUUCCAGACAGGCAGGUGGACAGGUCCUGCCACUCCCACCUCCUAUCUCAGCCUCAGAGUGAACACCUAACCACACACAAGGAGAUGACCAAGAGGCCAACCAAUCAGGUUCUCCAGAGACCCUUGAAAGCCUCCCCACAGCUCCUUCUAGGCCUCACGGUUGCUGCCACCUUCUCAGUCCUCACUCUGUGAGUCUGGUGACCCGGCCAGUCCUCCAGAGAUCAC